UUUGAUGACGUUUUUAUCGCCGUUUUCUUCCGCGAAGUCUGAAUUUUCUCUGAAAUGGAUUAAGUGUUUACUGUUGUGCAACGAAGCUGCAAAUUAGCGCUCUCGACUUUGCUCCAAAGAUGAGUUACGGGAAGGAGAGAAUCAUCGCUUUGAUAGACAUGGACUGUUUCUACGUUCAAGUCGAGCAGCGAAUGAACCCUGAGCUGAAGAACAAACCAUGUGUGGUGGCCCAGUAUAAAACGUGGAAAGGUGGGGGCAUCAUCGCCGUGAGUUACGAGGCCAGAGCACAUGGCGUCACCAGGAACAUGUGGGCAGACGACGCCAAGAAGCUGUGCCCCGACCUGCAGGUGGCACGGGUGCGCGAGUCCCACGGCAAGGCCGACCUCACCCAUUACCGUGAGGCCAGCGUAGAGGUGAUCGAAGUGAUGUCCCGCUACGCCGUGAUCGAGAGGGCCAGUAUCGACGAGGCCUACGUGGACCUGACCGCUGCUGUGCAGCAGAGGCUGAGGGACAUGCGGGACAGGCGGGUCGAGCCCGACCAGCUGAAGACCACCUACGUGCAGGGGUUUCCACAAAGUACCACGGGGCACUCAGAAGCGAAGGAAUUAGACAAAGAGGAACAGCGGUUGCUCGGCCUCCAUGAGUGGCUGGCCUCCCUGUCCGGUUGUCCCGGCAAUGCAUCACCUGACCUGCAGCUGGCCAUGGGGGCUCUGAUCGUGGAGGAAAUGCGAGAGGGCGUGGAGAAGCACACUGGCUUUCGCUGCUCUGCCGGGAUAUCGCACAACAAGGUGCUGGCUAAACUGGCGUGCGGCUUUAACAAGCCAAACCGGCAAACCAUCCUCCCUUCAGGUUCUGUGCCUCAACUCUUCAGCUCUCUACCCAUCAGCAAGAUCCGGAACCUUGGUGGGAAGCUAGGAACGUCCAUUGUGGAGAGUCUGGAGGUGGAGAACAUGGGGGAGAUCACGAAGUUCACCCAGGCCCAGCUGGAGCAGCGCUUUGGGGAGAAGACGGGUCAGUGGCUGUUUGACCUGAGCCGUGGGAUUGACUUUGAACCCGUCAAACCGAGGCAGCUUCCCAAAUCCAUCGGCUGCAGUAAGAACUUCCCUGGGAAGUCUGCCCUGGCCACCAAAGACCAGGUGCAGAACUGGCUUUACCAACUUGCCCUGGAGCUGGAGGAGCGACUGACUAAGGACAGAGAGAUGAAUGGCCGCGUUGCCAAGCAGCUGACAGCCGGGGUGCGUCAGGCAGGGGACCGGAGGGCCUGUAGCUUCUCCCGCUGCUGCGCUUUGGCUCGCUAUGAGGCCGGCAAGAUCGCCGCUGACGCCUUCGCCAUCAUCAAGAGCCUCAAUGCUGCUGGCAACCACCAAUCAGCAUGGUCACCCCCCCUCACGCUGCUCCACCUGUCCGCCAGUAAGUUCAUGGAGGCUCCGGGUGGAUCCACAGCCAGCAUCGCUAGCUUUCUGAGCAGCGACAUUAGCGCCACGCAGAAGGAAUCUGCCACUGGCUCCCCCGCCCCCGCCUCCCCCACCCCUCGCUCUCCCAUUGCCAGCUCAAAGGCAGGUCUUGCCCCCAAGCGGCUCAGUACCAUCCAAUCCUUCUUUCAGAGGGCUGCUGAAAAGCAGGAGAGGCGAGACACAGAGUCGCAGCCCUCCCCCACCAAAGCCCCGCUGGCUCCCACCCCCCAGCGCUUGGCCCUCUCCCCCAAGCCCCAGGCCGAGCGCAAGCCUGGCAUCUCCUCCUUCUUUGAGAGGAAAACCCUCGAGAACAAACUGAAGAUCGUAAAGGACCCAGCCUCCCCCGCAGACGGGGCCCCCCAACCACCACACGACGAGCAGCCGAGCUGGGGAGGGAAAGGGGGCUCCGCUUGGGGCGGAGACGGAAGUGCGACUCAGGCCAGCAAAAAUGGGUGGGGUCCUGUGGAAACGGGCGGCCAGCCCCAUGUGUCAGGGCAGCUAAGCAGCCCCUCCGGCUGCAGCGACGCCGACGCCGUGAAGUGCGAUCGCUGUGGCCAGCAGGUGUCAGCGUGGGACAUGCCGGAGCACGCCGACUACCACUUCGCACUGGAUCUGCAGAGCUCCUUCUCCUCCUCUUCCUCAUCUUCCCCCAGUCCCGCCCCUGCAGUCGCCCCUCAUCUGGCCGCCGAAUCUCCCAAGUCGUCACGCGGCAAGACGAAACUCAAGAGCCAAUCGGGACCCCAAGCGAAAAAGUCCAAAUCUCAGGGAUCCCACCCAACGCUGGACUCCUUCUUCAAGAGGACUUGAAGCAAAACAAGACUGCUUAUAUAGAUCCAUAUAACCAUGCUUUUUUUACACCUGCUUAGUAAUGAUUCCUUAACUAAAAUAUACAAACCAUUGCAAUUUUAACAGCCUGCACAUAUGAUGCCCUAACACAACAUGCAGAGUAUUUCAGUGACGCUGAGCAGUUGCACUUUCCUGCCUGAAGGGGUCAGCAUCUGCGUCUAUUCUGCUGACUGGCCUUGGACUUGGGGUUUUUUUUUUUUAGUAGAAUCGCAGCUUUGACCAAAAUGUUCUCCCAUCUUUUUAAGGGCCUUUUGCUUGCAUAGUUUGUGUUUUGCUUUAUCUUAAUGUUCUUGAAUUAUAAGUACAGUAAACUACGGUGAAUAAUGCUGACUUAUGAAUCAC